CUGAAAACCAAUGGAAAAAAUAUCCUCGGGGAGGAUUGGGGAAAAAAAAAGAUGAAUAAGUCUCAGUCACUGAAGAGAGCACAGUCAAGUGUGUAAUGAGUGUACGUUUACGUUUCAUUGACAGAACAAGGAUUGUUGAAACAGAUCUGGAUAUAGGUGUUUGUUUUAGGCAGUGUGAGAGUAACCAGCGGAAGACUGAAGAUGGUGUGUAACUCCCAGGUUCCAGAGGGGAAAAUGGGUCAACGAAGAACUUCAUCAUUUCCACAAAGGGGGUUAAGGGGAAAGAAGAAAACAAGGAAGCUUGCUUGGUACAUGAAAAAAACAGCUAAUAUAAGAAGGCACAGAUGAGCCCACAUUUAUCAGUAACCACAAUUUGUGUAAAAGGGUUAAAUCUCAGGUGAUAAAACUCCAGAUUUAGUAAAAAAAAAAUAAAAAGAAAUCUAGCUAAAUUCUGUGUGUAAGCGAUACAUCUAGACCUAGCACGAAGAGAGAGAACAGAGGGAUGGAAAACAGUCCUGACAAAAAGGAGCAGGCAUAGCGAUGCUAAUGCCAGAUGGAACUGGGCCCGAGGCGAAAGCAUUGCAGGAGUACUUCAGACUUCUCAACGGCCACAGAACCUGCUCCUCACCAUCUGCUCCUCACCUGGACAUGCGGCUCUGCUCUGCCAGUUGCUCAGACACCAUUUACUUUUGACCCAAGAUGAUUUAAUGUUUUAUAAUAAACUCACUAACCAUGAUGGCUACACAGACAUUAAGCAUAGACAGCUAUCAAGAUGGGCAACAAAUGCAAGUGGUAACAGAGUUAAAAACGGAGCAAGAUCCCAACUGCUCUGAACCCGAUGUGGAAGGAGUGAGCCCUCCCCCUGUGGGGUCCCAGACACCGAUGGAUGCAGACAAACAGGCCAUUUAUAGGCAUCCACUGUUUCCAUUAUUAGCUUUGUUGUUCGAAAAAUGCGAGCAAUCCACGCAGGGCUCAGAAGGUACAACUUCUGCGAGUUUUGACGUGGACAUUGAAAAUUUUGUGAGGAAGCAAGAGAAGGAGGGAAAACCCUUCUUUUGUGAAGACCCGGAAACUGACAAUUUAAUGGUAAAAGCAAUCCAGGUUUUGCGUAUUCAUCUUCUUGAGCUGGAAAAGGUUAAUGAACUCUGCAAAGAUUUCUGCAGUCGAUAUAUUGCUUGUCUAAAAACGAAAAUGAACAGUGAAACUCUCCUGAGUGGAGAACCUGGAAGCCCGUAUUCCCCUGUCCAGUCCCAGCAGGUUCACAGUGCCAUCGCGGGCACCCUCAGUCCCCAGGGCAUCGUGGUGCCCGCGUCCGCGCUGCAGCAGGGGAACGUGACCAUGGCAACAGUGGCAGGUGGCACAGUUUAUCAGCCUGUUACAGUCGUCACUCCUCAAGGCCAAGUAGUGACACAGGCGUUGUCACCUGGGACGAUCAGGAUCCAGAACUCCCAGCUUCAGUUACAGUUAAACCAAGAUUUGAGCAUCUUGCAUCAAGACGAUGGCUCAUCCAAGAACAAGAGGGGCGUCCUGCCGAAGCACGCCACCAGCGUGAUGCGGUCCUGGCUCUUUCAGCACAUCGGGCAUCCCUACCCCACAGAAGAUGAGAAGAAACAGAUUGCUGCGCAGACGAAUUUGACACUACUCCAGGUGAACAACUGGUUCAUCAAUGCUAGAAGACGAAUUCUUCAGCCGAUGUUGGAUUCUAGUUGUUCAGAAACUCCAAAAACAAAGAAGAAAACUGCUCAGAACAGACCGGUUCAGAGGUUUUGGCCGGACUCCAUUGCAUCGGGAGCCACCCAGCCGCCGCCCAGCGAGCUCACCAUGUCAGAAGGAGCUGUUGUGACGAUCACCACACCCGUGAGCAUGAACGUGGACAGCCUCCAGUCUCUGUCCUCGGAUGGCGCCACCCUGGCCGUGCAGCAGGUCAUGAUGGCGGAGCAGAGUGAGGACGAGUCGGUGGACAGCCCGGGGGCUGGAGGGGCUGCGCUCACCCCCGCCCACAUCAGUGGGCUGGUUCUGGAGAACAGCGACUCCCUGCAGUAGGGCCACGGCCGGGACCCAGGGCAGCCGGGACCCAGGGCAGCGGGCCUGGCUUUUUACAGUUUGCACAGCAAACAUUUUACACAGUUUUAUUUCUGAUCUGUUUUAUAUGUAGAUAUAGAAGAGUGCACUUUUGUAUUCAUAGCAAGCUUCAAGAGCGCCUGUGCCGGUGCAGCGACUUCUUUCAAGGGUGUGCGUGUGGGUUUCAAGGAAAUUUUUUCAAGGUUUAACGCUAAAAAUGUGAUGAAUGACAAACAGCCUGUGAGCCCCUAAUUAGAUUAAGGAGCAUUUUUUAAAAAUUAUGCGGUUUUAAUAUCGUUCUGUGGCUAAAGCAGGUCUCCGUGGGUGACCUUGGUGUAGCCCACAGGUUUAAAAGAAGCUCCUGCACCUUAAAGCCGCCAGCUCGAGGUGGACAAGACAGGACAAUAGAGCGAUGUGACUCCCGGUGAAUGUACGGCACCUUCAGUACCUUUACGUUCUCAUCGUCAGUGAGCUGUUACGUUUGCUAUAUAUAAAAAGAAACGCCUAUUUUUACCUUGCUGGAGUUAUUGGAUAAAGAGCUAUUUUUAUAAAUUCGUUAUGAAUUGGAUUAUGACUAUUCCAAGGAUAAAAUUUCUAGAGAAGAAACCACAUACGCUACGAUUUCAAUUUGGAGUGUCCUGAAUUGACCAAAUUUAAUGAGCCUGCCCCAGGAUAGCUAGGGGGGUGAUUUACAUUUACUACUAUCAAAGAAACAACUAUUUAAUGAAAUUUUGGUAUCUUCAAAUUUUCGUUUAUAUGUAAAUGCUCAGAUUUCAUUUCUCACUUAAUCUAAACAUAUAUCUAAAGGUAUUUGCUAAGUAGGACUUAGUUCAAUGAAUUGGUAGCCAGUAAUUAGUUAAAGCUCUUACCAUACAUAUUUCAGUCUAAUUUAAAUUUGACCACAGUUAAGUGGUGACUGUACCAUGUUAGCUGUGUAUUUUUUAGAAUUUUUUAGUCAUCCAUAUGUUAUGCAUAGAAUGUUUAUCAUAAACUAAUAUAAAAUGUCCUCUAUCCCACUGGCUCAGAGCUGGGGUGAAUCACAAACAUUCAGCCUCGCUCCACAAUCAACAGAUGCCAUGAAGUGGCAGAGACGCGGGGGACGUGCUGAGGAGCCACGUGCGCUCCCGCCGUUGGCCACACAUGUCACCGCUGGUCCUGGGGCGAGAUUUUCUCCUUGUGCAUGUUGCUCUAGAAUUGCCAGAGGUGUGGAAUAAUGUUGGGACUUCGCUUCCUGGUGACAAGAUGAACCAAAUUCGUAGACCCGGUUCUGCUGACUCUGGUUGAUUUGUUUUCAUUUGCUCGCUUGCGAGUGGGGCUUUCUCUCAGAGAGCGAGCGGGCAGCCUUGUCUCAGAGCAAGUCUGGAUGUCCUCUUACCUGGGUUGCUGGAGUUCAGCACGUUCCUAAAGGUUCCUAAUGGUUGGAACGUUGUUGGUUCUUGAGAUCCAACAAUAGUUGACUGGUUAGGGAACAGGGCUACUGUGAGCAGCAUUCAGAGCUAGUGCAGGUUUUUUCUGCGACUGACUUUUCCUUAAAAAUUUAUUAAUUAAAGUUAAUCAUAGGAAAGUACUUCCUAGAUAACCUAGAAGGCAGAAAGAAAUAAUAGAAAUUUCUUUUAAAAUAUUUCAGGAGCUUUAAAAAGAAAAACUUGACUAUCAACUCUUGGGGAGGGAAGACAAUUUUAAAGCAACUAUCGCAUUUCUUAUUUUAUAAACAGUUUUUAAUAUCUUAAGUCUACAUAACUUUAAAAGAUCAUUUUAGCUUUACUUAAAUUCUAAUCUUGCUGGACUUUUCAAAAACGAUCUGUGGAAGCCAGCCCUCUCCUCCUUCCCCUGCCCUCCUUCCUGUGGAAGGUUUAGUGAAAACAUUGAGAGAAUGUGGGCUCCUAAAGGUCAUUGUCUCUCCCCCUACCAGACAGCAUGGCCACUGGGGCAGCAGAUUGUUAGCCGAGGGCCACACACACUGUGUCAGUUUGGAUGCGGCCGAUUCGGGGUUCGAGUUGGCUUGGGCUCAGGCUUCCGUGCCCAGUGACACCGUGUGCGCCUCGGCAGCCAGAGCCAGUGCCCUUACCCUGAGUUCUGUUGCUGCCUUCAGGGGACUAGGGUAAGGUCACUUAGAGAGCAUGCUCUCAUGGACAGACACAGCCGGAGGUUUUCCUAACCUCUCCCCCUAUAACCACCUGACCUGGCUGUUUGGUUCAUAAAACCGCUGUCCAGUACACUGGUUGUCAGUUCUGCCUUAUCAACACCCGUUUUCCAGACAUUGGAAUCUGUGAAAGUACCUCUUCCGUUGAGCUUUCGUUGUAAACAAACAAAUCCUUUAUUCUAGUUCAAUUCUUUCCUUACGAAGGAUGCUUUGACUGUGUUUGAGACCCCAGGUAAGCAUGUUGUCCCUGCUGCUCAGCUGUUGAGCAGGUAGCUGGACUGCAUUGCCACAGCCAGACACUCCAGCUGAUGGACUAGCCCAGCUUUCAGCCUCUUGGUUCCAGACAGUAAAAUACAUUUAAGCAUUUAUCCUGUGUGCAGGCACAUGGGCCGUGGCCCUAGCUCGUUCACAGGCCACAGAGCAGCGUCGCCCAAGCCUCACACCCAAGGUUUCAGGAGUCAGUUCUGUCACCUAUCAGGUGACCCGACUGACCUGUGUGAAAAGUGUUGGGGCACUUUCUUCUUUCAGACAGACUCAGACAUACCCAGGUGUGACAGGCCAAUUUUUUGCAGUGAGUGACAGCAGUGACUCGGCAAUCUUCUUGUUUUAGUUAUGUUUGGUCUAUGAACUGACAAUCUUUAAAACGUGAAUACUGUAACAAUGUUUUCUUGGAUUGUUGUCUUUAAAGGGGAUUUUUGUGAAGCAAUUGAUUUAUCAAAGCAAAAAAAUUAAAAAUAGAAACAUGC